AACUGGAGGAGGGGUCAGAUUUUCUUAUGCUGUUUCUAAGUGAGGAAGUCUGAAAAGCUAUGGAUGAAGAAAUAGUUGAAGGUUUUAAAGAAUCCAUGGAGGCAGAAGAUGGCUGCUCUCAAGAAGUCAUGGAAUUGGACUCCUCCAAGAUGUGCAAAUACAUAGAGGCUGAUUCUGACUGCAAAAGUGAUCAGGACAUCAACAGUGUUUUAGAAUCUUCUGAAACAAUACAGGAAUAUGUACAGUCUGACUCUAACUGUGGAAAGGACAGUAGCAACCUGGGUGUAUUGGAAUACACUGAAAUGGCACAGGAAGGCAUAAAUGAAGAGGGCUGUGAAACUGAUGGUGUAUUUUGUGAAUUGGAGCCUUCUAGUGACAAAAUACAGGAAAACACUCCAGCAUUUAGUCACAAAAGUAACAGUAUGAAUAUCCUGCAGUCAAAGUCCUCUGAGGUAUUGCAGGAAUCUGUACCAGUUGAAACUAGUUGUGAAGACUACGCUCAAUCUGAAUGUCCUGAGAGAGUACAAGAGUCUGCACAGACUGCUAGCUGUGAAAGUAAUGUUAAUGGUCAAGACAUCCAUGAAUCUGAAGAGCCAAUCAAUAGAGAGGGAUUCUAUCAUGGAACAGAACCCACUGAAAGAAUGCAGGAUUCCACAUAUGCUGGUUGUGAAAAUGUCAGUCAAGCCCUACAAACAUUUGAACCUUCUGAAAUGGUACAGGACACCACAGAUGGUGGUCUUCAUGCAUCUGAACCUUGUGUAGUACAAACAAUGCCACCAAGUCGUCCUAGCUCUGAAAUUCAAAAUCCUGAUGGAUCCGAACCACCUAAUGGAAUGGUACAGAGCAGUGGAUUAGAGCCACUUAAAGAAAUAGCAAUAGCACAGAAUGCUGAGGGCACUAUACCAUCUAAUGAAACAGUAAAUGACUUAGAUGGCUUAGUGCCCUCUCUGGUACAAGACGGAGCAGUCACAAUAGGCAAUCCUAUUAAUGAAAGUAGGAACCCUGAUGAAUCAGAGUUUGUGGCAGACAAUAUUGGACUAGAACCAUCUAAUGAAGUGGUACAGAGCACCAAUGCUUUAGAACCAGCUAAAGAAAUAGAGGAAUUGACAAAUUAUAUUGGUUCUGAACCCUUAGAUAUGGUACAAGACAUUGAACUAAGUGAACCUUGCAUGGUACAGACAGUUACAGUAGGAGAUCCUUGCAUGGUACAGACAGUUACAGUAGGAGAUCCUUGCAUGGUACAGACAGUUACAGUAGGAGAUCCUAACUAUGAAAAGCAGACUGAAGAAGGGUUGGUGCCCUCUGAAGAAACGAGGGAAUCUACAAAAACUGUUUCUUUACCCCUGGGUAUGGUAAAAGAGGAAGUAGUCACAUUAAAUGAUCCUAGCCAUGAAAGUCUGAACACUGAAUCAGAACCCCCUAAAGAAAUGGUAGAGAUUCCAACUGGAUCAGAUCCAUCUAAUGAAAUGGCACAGGAGCUACCAAAGGAUGUUGGCUUUCAACUCUCAACUGUGGUACAAGACAUGCAAAGUGAACCCUGCAUGGAACAAGCAGAGACACUAGGUGAUGCUAGCUAUGAAAGUCAGAAUGCUGAUGGGUCCAAACAAUCAAAUGAAAUGGUAGAGAAUAUACCGGAACCCUCUAAUAAAAUGUCAGAGGAAUCUAAGGCUAACACUAGCUCUGAACCCUUGGAUAUAAUACAUAAUGCACCUGUAUUGGGUAAUCCUAGUCAAGGAAGUCUGAGCCCUGAUGGCCCCGAACCUGCUGGGGAAGUGGCACUGAGCCCUGACGGCCCCGAACCUGCUGGGGAAGUGGCACUGAGCCCUGACGGCCCCGAACCUGCUGGGGAAGUGGCACUGAGCCCUGACGGCCCCGAACCUGCUGGGGAAGUGGCACUGAGCCCUGACGGCCCCGAACCUGCUGGGGAAGUGGCACUGAGCCCUGACGGCCCCGAACCUGCUGGGGAAGUGGCACUGAGCCCUGACGGCCCCGAACCUGCUGGGAAGUGGCACUGA